AAAAGCUGUAAAUUGAUCUCUGCAGGCCCGAGUGGAGAGGAUGGAGCAGUUCCAGAAGGAGAAAGAAGAGCUGGAUAAAGGGUGCAGGGAAUGCAAACGGAAACUAGCCGAGUGCCAGAAGAAAAUGAAGGAGCUGGAGGUGGCAGACGCGGAGAGCGGGAAAGGGGAGCUGCAGAGACUUCAGGCCGAAGCACAGCAGCUGAGAAAAGAAGAGAAGAGCUGGGAAAAGAAGAUUGAGGAGCUGAGGAAGAAGGAGAAGAACAUGCCCUGGAACGUGGACACCCUGAGCAAAGACGGCUUCAGCAAGAGUGUUGUCAACGUCAAACCUGAAGAGGAGGACGAAUCGGAGGAACAAAAAGAGAAGAAACACAAGACGUUUGUGGAGAAGUACGAGAAGCAGAUCAAACACUUUGGGAUGCUGCGGCGCUGGGACGACAGCCAGAAGUAUCUAUCUGAUAACCCGCAUCUGGUGUGUGAAGAGACCGCCAAUUACCUGGUCAUCUGGUGCAUUGAUCUGGAAGUGGAAGAGAAACACGCCCUGAUGGAGCAGGUCGCCCACCAGACCAUCGUGAUGCAGUUCAUCCUAGAGCUGGCCAAGAGCCUGAAGGUGGACCCCAGAGCUUGUUUCAGACAGUUCUUCACCAAAAUCAAGACGGCCGAUCAGCAGUACAUGGAGGGGUUCACCGAUGAGCUGGAGGCCUUCAAGGAGCGGGUGAGAGGCCGUGCCAAGGUGCGCAUCGAGAAAGCCAUGAAAGAGUAUGAAGAGGAGGAGCGGCAGAAACGGCUGGGCCCGGGCGGGCUGGAUCCCGUGGAGGUGUACGAAUCCCUCCCGGCUGAGCUGCAAAAGUGUUUCGAUUCGAAAGACGUUCAGAUGCUGCAGGAUGCAAUCAGCAAAAUGGAGCCUGCUGAAGCGAAGUACCACAUGCAGCGCUGCAUCGAUUCUGGGCUCUGGGUGCCGAAUGCCAAGACGGCGGAGGGAGCGGAGAAGGGAGGCGAGGAGGCGGAGGCUGUCUACGAGGAGGUCAAGAAGGAGAGCAGCGAGGAGGAGAAAGGAAACCCAUGAACUACUGCUGGAAAUGCGUAAAGCAGACUGUCCCCUCACCUCUCCCCCACUGCCACCAUCCUACCCCCUCUCGCCUUCCUCUCGCACCCGAUUAUCCCUCAGGAUGCCACAUGCUUUACACACGUAGACACUUUGUGAAUGUGUGAGCUGCUUGCUGGCUCUUUGUAUCCAGCGCCAAGCCCUGGCUGCCUUUGGGGAGCAGCCGGAAGCCCCUGUGUUAGCAGUGGGGAAGUCCCAGUCAGUUACUCCAGUGAGCCGGGAGCUCAAAGGGACUUGGCAUAUGGCAGUUUAGGUUCCAGGUCUCACUCUGGUGAUGCUGGGCAAUGUAAUAGUUACAAAUGUGCCGUCGUAUCUUUUCUGUUGGUGCCCAGUAAGGCGAUUACAUGAAUAAAGAGAUUGAAGUA